ACAUCAGCUAUCCACAAUUUAUACAUGUACAAUUGUCUGGAGUACUUCAACUAAACUUCGUAGGAGCGAAGGGACCUGUGCAGUGGAGUCUUGGUUGCAUCACGGGGAGGAUGUUUCGGAGGAGGAGGUCCGUCGCCUACUUCGCCCACGACCCGAGCCACCGGCUGCUCCUGGCGCCGGACGCCGACGACGACGGCGAGUUCACCUGCGACGGCUGCCAGGUCGUCGGCGCCGGGCCGCGGUACCUCUGCGACCACCCGGGCUGCGGCUUCAAGCUCCACGAGGUGUGCGCGCGCCGCUUCCCAAGGUCGCUCAAGUCUAUCGUCCACUCCAAGCACAGGCUGAAGCGCCGCGAGAGCGCCGGCGGCGGCGACGGCAGCAAGUGCGAGGUGUGCGGGGAGGACGUGAAGGGGGCGUGCUACGGCUGCGACGCCGGCGCGUGCGCUUCGGCGACCGUCGUCGUGCACCCGCUCUGCGUCCACUUGCCGCCCGUGGCGCGGGGGUCGACCGCGGCGCACCCCGGCGGCCACGACUCGUGGCUCGUCCAGAAGGCGUCGGAGGGCGGCGCUGCGUCGACGUGCGCGGCGUGCGGGCGCGGCAUCGACGGGGCCUGGAGAUACCGGUGUGGGACGUGCCGGGAGGACGUCCACCCGCGCUGCCUCGUGCCGGCGGUGGACCAGUGCCGCGGCGGCGAGGCGUCGGCAGUCGCGAUGGGGAAGCGGUGCUGCCUGUCGGCCGAGAAUGACGUGAUAGGCUGCCUGAACAUCAGCUACUACUACCGGGGAUCGGUGUAGCUAGUUUCCAUGAUCCGUGACCGUGUUGAAUAAGUUUAAUUCGGCAGUGAACUACAUUAUCCAUGCAAAUUUCUUGCUGUAUCAGUUAGGCUGUGUUAUCAAAUGAAUGAACGAAGAGGCCGGGGAAUCGUAAUUCCAUCUAUUCCAGUCGACCGAGAAUUUGCUCAUUUCUCGGUGAGCUGCAAUUCAGUCC